AAUUUGGCUGGCUUUGAUUCAAAGUACCUUGGAUUACGAUAACAUAGAAUCCUAGUUCCUUGAUCUUAUAUUCCUUAUUACAGUUCUUAUAUACUCCACUAAGAAUUUUAAAUUGCAUUUUUUUUCUAAUGAUUUCCUUCUCAAAUAGGAUGUAUUGACCUUUCAGGUAUUUUACCUACAUCAGUAUGCAAAAACUUGCAAAAACUUUGGAGUCAAAAGAUAUCUGUGAUACCAACACCAUUUGCAAAGACGGCAAUGCUGAAAGUCACUCAAGAGAAAGCAUGGAGCUUUGUAUUUACAAGAUGCAUUACGUUUUGUUGCACAUUCCCCCUCUAGAAGGCCUUGAUGAAAAUGCUGAACUUGAGAUGUGGAGUGGAUCAGGAUUUUUAGUUAAAGAGGGAAAUGAUGAUAUGGAGGCUGCUGAGCUCCCUAAAGCAGUAGGUAAACGGUGCAAGAUUGCAAAGUAUGUUAACAAUGUCCUGUCUUCAGCCACCAUUGCUAAGAAGAUGAAAUUGAAAUUUACCAAAGCAUGGAUGGCAUUUCUUAGACUACCACUUCCUGUUGAUGUAUACAAGGAGGUUCUUGUUACUCUUCAUCAGGCAGUGAUUCCUUGUUUGUCUAAUCCCAUCAUGUUAUGUGACUUUUUAACAAGAUCAUAUGAUAUUGGUGGUGUCGUCAGUGUUAUGGCACUUAGCAGCCUUUUUGUCCUAAUGACGCAACAUGGUCUUGAGUAUCCAAACUUCUAUGAAAAGCUUUAUGCACUUCUUGGCCCUUCAAUCUUUAUGGCUAAACAUAGGGCAAAAUUUUUUCAGCUUCUUGAUUCCUGUCUGAAGUCACCACUUCUUCCAGCAUAUUUGGCUGCUGCUUUUGCUAAGAAACUAAGUAGAAUGGCACUUUCUGUUCCUCCUUCAGGAUCAUUGGUUAUUAUAGCUUUGAUUCACAACCUGUUACGCAGGCAUCCAUCAAUCAACUGUUUGGUUCAUCAGGAUGAUGGUGAUGAAAGUGCAAAAGAUGAUUCAAAAGCUGAUGAAACUGUUCACACAGCCAAAGAGCGUGAAACUGGCUCAGAUAACAAAAACCCUGGUGUUGAUCAUUUCAAUAAUGAGGAAAAGAAUCCUAUAAAAUCCAAUGCCAUGAGAAGUUCACUAUGGGAAAUUGACACCCUCCAUCAUCACUACUGCCCACCUAUUUCUAGGUUUGUUUCAUCACUCAAGAAUGAUUUGACAGUUAGAUCAAAAACUACUGAAAUGAAUAUUAAAGACUUCAGCUCAGGUUCAUAUGCCACAGUAUUUGCAGAUGAGAUUAGACGAAGGGUGAAACAGGUUCCUUUGGCAUUCUAUAAAGCAACACCCACCUGUUUGUUUUCAGAGUCUGAGUUUGUUGGUUGGGCAUUCCAAUGCGAAGAAAACAUGGAAAAAUACACUGGAAAUGGCAAACAAACAGUUGCAAAUGCAUCUGAAUGGAAUGAUUUCUCUCCAAAACGACGGCGGAUAGAAUGCUCUUAACUUGAUCUCUCCAACCCAGCAUAUGGUGAAAUGAAAAGAAUUUUGAUCAAUAUUUUCGGUUCAUAUCUAAUAUAAUUGUCGCAUCCCAAAUUUCUACCCUUAACUAGAAGGCUAGGUUUGGGCUAUGAGUUAGGAGAGUCCUUUUAGCCUUUCCAAAUAGAGGGUAAAGUUUGUAUUUUACACCUUUAUUUUUCUUAACAAAUAAACGUUUCUUAAAGCCUUUUUUAAUGGAAAAACUUUCAUCCUAAUCUCCCCUUUAUCGAACUUUCUCA